AUGAGUGACGCAGCAGUAGAGGAAAAUAGACCUGAAGAUGAAAAUAGAUCUGAAGAUGAAAAUUCAACAGUCGAAGAGGAAAAGCCUUGGCACCGGUGGACAUCAUGGGCGUGUUGGGGCAAUAAGGAAUCGGAAAACUACGAUGUAACCGGGGUAGGUGUUUUUACCUCUGUGGUGCUCAUCUUAGCUGCCUUUGGUGUGGUGACGUGUGGAACAAUAGCCCGAUUCUACAGUCUUGAAUUCACCCUUGCUUUUUUUUACCUUAUGACUGGAUUGAGUGGUUUUGCUACGAUUUCUAGAUACACAUGGACGAUCUUGAUUUUUAUGGUCACGUGUUGCCUGUCAACCCUUUUAAGUCUUGGAGCAUGCGCAAAUUUCAUCUCAGUUCUUGCACACGGCACUAGAUUGCUGAACUGUUCCACGCGAUGUUCGCAAAUCACUGUUCCAACCUCCUUUUCGGUUAUACUGACUUUCUGUGCUUUUCUAACUGCUCUUCGUGGGACUAUCCGCUGCGGUAUGAGUUUGUGGAACCCAAAUGCAUCAACAACGGUUGCACCUGAAUGA